GGCAGCCAUAUUGGAUUUAUGUUUUUGAGCGGGAGAUUUUGUCAUUUCCUUUCCUCAAAAAAAUAUUUUGUUCUGUAAAUAUGUGCCUAAGAAUUUGGAAUUAGAAAUUGUUAGAAUUCUUCUAUAGGCAAACGAGCUUAGUUUACAGCUCUGGCUUACAGCGAGCUUACAGCAUUUAAUGGAAAGAUCUUCAGGUCUCUUUACUCAACAAGAUGGAAGUGAGCAGUCUGUGGAAACUGUGAUACUUCCCCCAGCAACUAAGAGAGGCAAGGGAACAUGUCCAGGACAGAACUGUGAAUUUAGCUAUGCCUGUCGCAAAAAACCUAGUACAUGUCCUAAGUGUGGUUAUUAUCUUGGAGGAAAUGCUACCGACACAGUCAAAGAGGACACUUCUAUUUCAUUUGCAACGAAGCUUAAAGUAGGAGCCUUGCCAGAGAAUUAUGAUCUGUAUUCUGUUAAGAUUUCCAGACGUGGACGAGAUUAUCGGUGCUUUGUUCAAGUCAGUACAAUAAAUGAUGAACAUAUAUGCUACUAUGAAAAAUGCCGGGUGCAGAGAAGUGCAGCAUUGAUUUCUAAUUCGAACUCAUUUCAGUGCGAGCACGUCAAAACUGCUAAAGAAUCUUCGAUAGAGGCUGAUGUACUACCUCUUUCACAAACUGCUCUUCCGUCUCUUCCUUUUCCAACUUCAAUGAAAGAAGAACUUAGGGAAUACAUUGAAAAAGCUUCAUUAAAGAAAACUCCUCCAAUUCAGCAAGUUUCCUUAAAUAAUUAUGUGCUGGUCUGCGCACGGACUCUUAGGAAUCCACUGGGUUUGCUUCACUUACGGGUUGAUGCGAAAAAGAAUAAGUUCAGCUGUGGACAAGAUGGUUCAAGAACUUCUACAAAACCAUAUCGAUCCAAAUGUGUACACUUUUGUUUAUAUGGCUGGGCUACCUUAAAUAUCCAGCAAUCAUCUAUAGUUUCACUGAUUCCAGGAGCACAGGUUGCCCAUAAUCAAUUACAAUAUAGUAACCAUGACAACGUCAGCAGUGAUAUCGUACAAACGGUAGCCACUCAUCCAAAUAAAGCUAUACAACGGAAUUCCACGGUUCAGUUGCUCAAGAAGGUUGUCAAAAUUCCUGAAGAUGCAACAGCGUUAUCGCCGAUAUUUAAACUUAUUGAAAGCAGAAAUGCUGCAACUACGACAUUGCUUGAUAUGAUGCGCAGUGGGAAACGCAUAGAGCUGCAUUUUAAUGAAGUUGCUUGGAAGACAUAUUUUGAACCAGAGGAACAGGAAUGCCUUCUAUGUUCAUCAACCUUGUCUGACACUUUGAAUGUACAAGGUUCUAAUGGAGAAGGGUGGCUUGUAACAAUGACUCAUAUCUUACCAAUGACUUGUAAGGUUAAGAAAUGCACCAAUGGGAAUUGUAUGGCUAUAUAUAGUUACCAUGAUGUCCAAUCAGGGUUGUUUAAUAUUGCCAACAAGAUUUUGGUCAGUUUAGACAUCCUGUUUCUCAUAAGAGAACAUGUAAAACAAGGAGUCCUGCCCUCACAUGCAGUAGAAGCUAUCAUGAGUAUGACUCUUGCUAAAUCUCCUGCUGCAGCACAGAAGAUCAAUGGAGAGAAGCGCAGGUACAUUGAGCAGCAUCUGUUUAAGGGAUACUGGGCCUAUGAGUGUCUGACUGUUCGUAACUACGACGACUGCAUCUGUGGGCUUUGUGGAGUGGCACCAAAACUUGAAGUUGGUGAAUCAAGCUAUCGUGAAACAAUGUCUCUUUCAGGAGUCAAGAUCGACUGGCCUCAAGUGCAGUUCCCAACAGACAUACCAGUCGACGUCCAUGCCUUUUGGAACGAACUGGAAAACAAGAGUCUUGAGCAAUCAGCAUUUGCAAGCGUCGACCUCAUCACUUCAUAUGAAGGCAUCAAGAUUGCAGCAUUCAUACCACCCUCUCAGUGCUCAGACACUGUAGUCAACACAGAGAGCCUCAAAACUUCAUCCAAGACGGCUAACAUAACUGGAUUCCAGGGCAACACUUCCAAGUUAGCAGGUUUGGUUCAAAGUGGUGUCUUGAUGCCUCAGAGUCUGUCGCAGUACUCACACAAUGACUUGUAUUCUCUGUGCCAGAGAUGUGAUAUACCAGUCAAUGAGACAGAUUCAAAGAUUGUGCUAGAGAAUCAUUUAGAGCUGGGCUACAGCUAUGUCAUGUCUGGCCGAAGCACGUGUCAUUCAUUUACUAGUGCUUCCAAUUAUUCUGGUGGCAAAGUUUACAAAAUGUGCCCUCACCAGGUGUUAACAGCUUCUAAAUAUACAGUACGGCCCGAGAGUGCACGAGACCACGUCGAUCUCCUCAAGUCCUGUAAGUACUGGCCUCCAGUCUACCUGACGGAUAUUGCGUGCAGUGUGGCCCAACAUGCUGAAUGCCGAUUCCCCGCCCUAACUAGACAUGUAUGGGGAAACAAACAAGGAUGUUUUGAAACUCCUUCGCUAUACGACGAUCCCCAGCCCACUUCUUGUCCCGAGCUUCAAAUGCCAGAGCUACAAAGCGCACCUACCAUACUACUUGACUCCGAAGAUCCUCUUAUCCACCCGACCACAGCAAGUAAAGAACGACGCAUCCUAACAGCCCGCUAUCAUGAGAAGGGAAACACGCAUCAGCUCAAGAGCUGCGAGUACCACAGCAUUGAGCUCUGUCCUGAACUAGUCCCCUACAAGAACUGUCUGGUCCAGUCACGCCAUGGGAACAGGGCCAAGGACGCGAAAAGAAAGACUAUAGCGAGCUUGAAUUUUCAUCAUUACUUUUUGUAUGGCAGACUGAUGGAUUAUUUUUCGAACUUAGCCAUCGCGAAGCAACAGCUUGAGUUGAUCUCCAAGCAAUGUCAUGAAGGACAAACCAUAGUCAGGGAUAAAUAUCAACGAUUUGUCAUUGUGUGUUCCAAGUGUUUUUAUGGGGGACACUUGGCUAAGGACUGUCCAUAUAACACUCAGUGAAGAAGGAAGGAAGGAAGGUUAUUUGUUAACUGUCAUUGUGUGUUGCAAGUGUUUUUAUGGGGGACACUUGACUAAGGACUGUCCUUAUAACACUCAGUGAAGAAGGAAGGAAGGAUGGUUAUCUGUUAACUGUCAUUGUUCCAAGUGUUUUUAUGGGGAACACUUGGCUAAGAACUGUCCAUAUAACACUCAGUGAAGAAGGAAGGAGUGUUAUUUCUUAACUGUAAUCAUUGAUUGUUAAUAACAUCCAUGGAUGAUUUUUAAAAAAAACAUACAAAAGCGUUUUUAUAGGGUUAAAAUACUAGCAUGUAAUGAAAAUGUAAUAUUUUUACGGCCACUUUUCGAAUGACAUAACUGAUUGAAACGACGAGGAAAUGUCGUAGUGUAGACUAUGACAUACCGCAUUAUAGCUGUAUGUACACAUUGUGAUUGGAUACGUUUAAACUGCUUAUAAGCCUUUACACAAUAUUUUCAGAAUUGAUUCUUUAAAUAGUGAAUAGU